GUAAUCCGUAAUCCGCCGAGUAAACAUUCGCCGUAGUGUCGUCGCACAGAGAGGAUGUUUACGCGCUGAGUAUCAGCGUUCGCGUAGAUGACGAGUCGAUCGCGCAUUCGCGGAAACGAAGGGGAACGUUAACCGUUUAGUACGUUACGUGUAAACGAAGUGUACCCUCGAAGUUACGGGGAAUUAGAGGCGACCCGUUUGCAUUUCUCUCAUCGUCGGUUGGGUGAUCGUCGUCGGUUAGAGCAUUCGAACGCGAGAGAGAAUGGCAGCGGAACAAUUGAGAGACACGAGGAAUCCUGAGUACAGACCACUCACCGUGCGAAAUUGAUUCGCGAGCGAUAUUAUCGUCAUCUCAUUUUCGCGGAAUUGCCAUUGGGCACCCCGCGCCGCCCAGUAGUCGAACAGCGCAAUCGAUAACCCCACGGGCGCUUUUUGCGCUGGGCGAGAGAUCGUAAUGGCGAGAGCGUGGCGUCGAGGGCGAUAGAGAGGCAGCGGGAGUGGGAGAUCGUGGUAAAAACAAUGCCAAAUCGCCAAGGAGCAGCGCAUUGCUGACGAAGAAGAUUAUUUCUUAUAGAUGAAGACAAAAAUAUUAUGUGUAGAUAAAUCCUUUAAGUAAUACAUUACCUGUCGAAUAUGGAUGAUGAAGAAGGAACCUCAAGUUCUGGACCUAUGUCUUCGUUGAACAGUUUAUUCUCGUUUACCAGCCCCGCUGUGAAAAAAUUGCUUGGAUGGAAACAAGGGGACGAAGAAGAGAAAUGGGCGGAGAAAGCGGUUGAUUCGUUAGUGAAAAAACUGAAGAAGCGCAAAGGAGCGAUCGAAGAACUAGAGCGAGCAUUGAGCUGUCCCGGCACACCAAGCAAAUGCGUAACAAUUCCUCGAAGUUUAGAUGGUAGAUUACAGGUUUCCCACCGUAAAGGCUUGCCACAUGUGAUAUACUGCAGAGUCUGGCGAUGGCCAGAUCUUCAGUCGCACCAUGAACUAAAACCAUUGGAAUUAUGUCAAUAUCCAUUCUCCGCCAAACAGAAGGAAGUUUGUAUUAACCCCUAUCAUUAUAAAAGAGUGGAGAGCCCAGUGCUGCCGCCGGUAUUGGUUCCUAGACACUCAGAAUAUGCUCCUGGCCAUUCUCUGUUGCCUUUUCAACAAUUGGCCGAUCCAAGCAUGCCACACAAUGUGUCCUACUCAUCUAGUGGCUUCAACGCUAGCUCUACAGGCGGCGUCAAUCCGACAUCACCCAUGUCUUCUGUCGGUUCCGUGCCAAGCCCAGGGAGUGCAACCUUACCGAAUCCUCAAAGCCCGUAUGGUACUAAUGGAUUACCAGAGACGCCACCGCCGGCAUACUCUCCGCCUGAGGAUGGCUCACAAACCGGACAAACCUCGUCAUCAGAUUCGGUUCCAAUGGAUACGAGCGCGCCCAUCGAAUCAGCUACACCUGUGUGUUAUCAAGAACCACCCUAUUGGGCCUCGAUUGCUUACUACGAGCUAAAUUGCCGAGUGGGCGAGGUAUUUCAUUGUCAGACGCAUUCGGUGGUUAUUGACGGCUUCACAAACCCGAGCAAUAACUCCGAUCGCUUCUGCCUUGGACAACUGUCCAAUGUAAAUCGAAAUUCCACAAUAGAAAAUACAAGGCGACACAUAGGCAAAGGAGUGCAUUUGUACUACGUGGGAGGCGAGGUUUAUGCCGAAUGUCUCUCAGACUCGGCAAUAUUUGUACAAUCUAGGAAUUGUAAUCACCAUCAUGGAUUUCAUCCCAGCACAGUUUGUAAAAUUCCACCAGGAUGCUCGUUAAAGAUAUUCAACAAUCAGGAAUUUGCUCAGCUUCUCUCGCAAAGUGUAAAUCAUGGUUUCGAAGCUGUCUAUGAGCUAACAAAGAUGUGCACGAUUAGAAUGUCAUUUGUGAAGGGAUGGGGUGCUGAAUAUCAUAGACAGGAUGUUACAUCAACCCCUUGCUGGAUUGAAGCACAUUUGCAUGGACCUUUGCAAUGGUUAGACAAAGUGUUAACACAAAUGGGUCCGCCCCAUAAUGCCAUAAGUUCAGUGUCAUAAAUAAUAUGCACAUCUUACAACAAAAUGUUCAUUAUGAGGAAAGGACAAUUAGUUUCGAUGCACUUUUAAAAGUUUAAGGAUAUUGAUCAUAAUUGCCAUAAAUGUGAGAGUUGUGGAGACCAUGCACAGAGACAUGUUUGACAAUGGUUACAGCUGUAAGUUACUUUAUGUUAUACCAAUAUUAAAUUCAUGAAAAUAAGACGAUAAUGAAGCAAAAAUAUGUAAAGUUUGAAAGAAAUAUAAAAAAUUACGAGAAAUGUUAUACAAAAAAAUAAGAAUAUUUAACAGUGAUCUCUGAAAGCUAUCGUGAUCGCGUAAUGUAUACACUUAGAUGCUAUAAAACUCUUUGGCUGUUAUAUAGGAAAAAAAUUAUACAUAUAGAAGUAUAAUGAUAUAUGUGUAAAAAAAAAAGAAAUAUUUUUCAAAUCUAUCCAUCACAGUCGUAAUACUUUAUUUUAUAUAGAGACUUAUUGCGAAGAUAUUUGUCAGUGUUAUGCCACAAAUCUUUUUCUAGACGAUUUUAAAAUUUAUUGUGAUGAUAAAAGAAAUAUAACGCGAGAUUACAGCUGCUUGACAAAGAAAAUAAAUCCUCCGAAUUAUUGGAAGGGAACGAAAAACAAAAUAUUUUCUGUCCUUCUGAUCAAGGAUAACCUAAUGAUUAUGUCUGUUAUGUGUGUGUUUUAAAAGUACUUUUACGUCUCUAUGUAGAUCUACUCAAAUUUCUCGCUAAAACGAUUGAUGGUGUAGCACGGUCUUUUAUUGAAAAACGAUGCGAUCCGUAUUUCAAUGUAAGACGUUGGACGUUGAUCUCACGUUGACUGUUGAAAGUUAACUGCGUCCAAUGAUAUAUUGAAACCUCGAAUACAUUAAUUCGUAGAAAGAGAUUUAUGAUUCAUGACCUUGCUCCAUCUCUGUAAAUUACAUUGCAUUGUACUCUUCUCGAUUAUCGCAUCAUGUACCAUAUGAUUCAACGCUUUCCAUAUUAUAAUUUCUGAAAACACAUUACACAUUUAGGUAAGUUUUAUGUGUCAUAAAUAUAUAAAAUUUUAUGUACUGUACAAAUUCUAUAUGGGAGAAUUGUAUACAUUUGUAUAUGUGUGUACAAGUGUAUGUUUAAUGAAGAAGUCACCUGUUAGUAAGUUUAUACAUUGCUGGAUGAGAAGUUAUUUUUACGAAUUGGAGUUGCUCUUGAUAUUACUUUGUUUGUUACUUUUAUAUGCUGCAAAAGGUGCCAAAAAGAACGGUAUAUAUUCGCAUAAUACAUUUAAUUUAUGCACUGUGAUAUUUUGUCAAAGAGAAAUACAAUUCUUUCUAAUCACGUUCCCAAAGUAAUCACAAAUAAAGUAUUUCAAAAAUAUAUCGAUGCCUUUGAAUAUGUUAGCCGUCAGAUAUUAACAGUGCCUAUAUAGACAAUACUAUCUUUUUUCACUGCCGUUUGCUGUCACUUGUUUGCCGAUAUGUGCCUAGCUGUGAUUCUUUGCUAUUCGAUUUGGCAAAUUUACAAUUUGGUGAUAAACAAAAAAAAGUACGAGAGAGAAUAAAGUACUUGCCUACUUACAAUUCCGUGAUAAAUGAAAGAAAGUACUAAGAAAUAAGAUAUUUGCCUGAUUAACGAUUAAGUGAUGAGGAAAGUACGAAAGAAUAAAAUGUUGUAACUUACAAUUGCAUUAUGUUAAAUAUGUGUGAUGUGUGUGUGAAGAAGGGAAAGAUUAAAUUUCAUAUUGAACAGGAUACUGUUUGGUACAAACAUUAAUGUCAACGAAAUGCUAUUUUAUUCCGUAUUGCAUAAUAUGGUACAAUUGUACAAGCGAUGGAGACAAUAAUCGACGACUAUAGAAAAAAGGGAUAAAAUGUAAAAUACGUUUUCAGCCUGUUCUAACUAUGGCAAUUUAUUGUUUGAUAAAAUAAGUAUAGAAAAAAGAGAUUUACUAUAUGUAUGUAAAAUCGCUGUGAAUUUAUUUCCAAAUUACUUUCUGCAGAAUAUGAUCCAAUUGUGUUUGAAAUUUUCAUCAACAUAUACAGACGAAUUAGAAAUCUCUUAUAGCGACAAUGCUGCAUCAUAAUUUGCGUCAAUAAAUUAUCGAAUGGCUAAUCGAUUAGAAUGGAGUUACGAGAUCUUUUACGAGCACAUCGAAAUCUAUCACGAGUUUGAAAUGAGCAUGAUGUGCAUUAUUGAAAGAUGUAUGUGAAUAGUUUCUCAUAUACAAGAUUAGAUUUACAGCUUUUAUCUCUCAGUCUUCGUUUUAUUGCUAACUAAAAUCGCAAAGCCCGUUUACAACCUCGCCUGAACCUUUUUAAUCCUGAUCUUCGAAACGAUACAUUCUUCGGAGUUUGCGAAAGUUUGAUUUCAAACUUAAGCUCUCGAAAAUUGAUAGAGCACUGUAUUUUUUUGCAUGCCACCCAAGUUUGUGCCUUGGAUGCCUUUUAUAUUACGUAGUUAUGUAAGAUAUUAUGAUACAUUAUACGCAAUUUCUGAAAUGUAUAUUGUGAAAUAGCAAGAGAUCUGGUAUGCGUGUGUUGUAUCCGAAAAUGCACAAACAUUUUCCCAUUCAAGAAGAAAAGAAAAUUGUAUAAAAAAUUCCCUCGAAUAUGUCCAUUCUUGUAAAAUAAAUGUAUAGCUCUGUAUAUUUGCACUAUAGCGUCACAUUAUAGCACAUGUAAUAUUUACACAUUAGCAUCAAACUAUUAGUUGUCUGAUAUCGAGUUUUAUUUGCCUAGUGAUUGCACUCGAUAUAAUUGUACGAUAUGAAUCAAGUUUUGAGUUGAAGAUUAUACUUUGAAAAUUAUCGUGCCUUGGAAAUAUUAAAAUAUAAAAUGAACCGAGCGACUUUGCAUUACAUAGAUUGCAACUAACAAAUAAGCAAUCAGUACUUGCUUGUCAUUUUAAACAUGAAUGCAUUUAUAUUAUACCUGAUAAUUAAUGUAAUGAAGAUAUAUUUUUUUAUUAAUCUGUUAACAAUUGUAUAUUGUAAAUCAUUUUCAUACCACAGAAAACUUUAAAAAUCUCCGUUCAUCGGUUCUGAUAUAGACACGCUCGGUUCGUUUUAUAGAAAAGCCGUCUAUUAAUGUAAAGGCCGUGAAGAAUAAAUAGAUGAGCGAUUGAAAUGCAAAGGAGCGAUUUGAAAACGGGCUCGCGAUAUUCCAAUACGUCAGUAACUACAUACAUAUAUACAUAUGUACAUGCAUAUAUACAUAUGUACAUGCAUAUAUAUAUAUAUAUAUAUAUAUAUAUCGUUAGCUAUAUGUGUUGAAAAUACGUCUUUGGAGAGAGAAAGAGAGAAUCCAUUCCAUGUUAUACACCGUUAGAGAAGAUAAAUGCGGAUUUUUUCCCCCUUGCGCGAUUUCUCGGUACGCUCAUGUGGCUACGUCGUGCUCAUAACUAUUAAUGACGACGUAGGAUACACGAGCUUCCUCUAUCUGUACAGAUCACCUCCUCUGUGAGAGAAUGAGUUUGUUUCGUAGUUAUCGCAAGACUAUACAGUGUUAACGCACAUUAGCUGCCAAGUACGAAGUGUAAUAUAUUUUAUUUCAUUUUUAGCACUCUUCUUUAUGGUAAAAAAAGACAUUUUAUGUUCAGAGCACGGUAUUUUUUUUAAUCGUAUAUAUAUAAUAUAGAGUGAAUAAUAAUAAAAAAAUAUUUGUGUUAAAUGUAACGUGUUAUGCGGUAAGAAAUCGACAAACUAGUAUAAAUGAUUAGCCCAGAUCACGUAUACAGAGUCUGCUCCGUUAUCAAGAAAAAUAUUGAACUGUUCAAUGUAUAUACGUUCCGGCAUUAAUCACAUAAACAUUUCGUAUACCAGAAAAAAAUUUCGUCAUUGCUUGAAAAAUAUUGCUUGGGUGACAUUUUUAGAUGCCUGACAGAAAAUAUGUCCACGAGAUGCCGAGAACUUUUUAACGAAAAUUCUUCGUGAUCAGCUAUGUUAUAUAUAUACCGUUCGCGAUAUAUAAACUUAUUCACUCGGUCUCGUUUACACGCCUUCACCUGUGUCUAUACAUGCAUUUCUGGUAAUUAUUGUCUUGUGCAGCUCUAUUAAAUACGAAAUAAAAUGCCUACCUGUGUAUCUCUAUGUGCGAUUAAA